CGUGCUCUGGGCCUGCUGGGAGUUGUAUUUCUGCGGGUGAAGCGCUGAGGUACUGUAUGGAAACGAAGCUACAAGUUCUGGGAGUUGUUCUCCGUCCCAGCCCUCCUCUCCCCGGCCCGAGCGGGGAGGCUGGCCCAGCGGCCGGCUCUCAGAACCACUACCUGCGAUGCUGCUGCUGUGGGUGUCGGUGGUCGCAGCCUCGGCGCUGGCGGCCCCGGCCCCCAGGAAAGGUGGACAGAGGCGGGGAGCAGCCGGGGCGCCCAAUGUGGUGCUAGUCGUGAGCGACUCCUUCGAUGGAAGGUUAACAUUUCAUCCAGGAAAUCAGGUAGUGAAACUUCCUUUUAUCAACUUAAUGAAAGCACAUGGCACUUCCUUUCUGAAUGCCUACACCAACUCUCCAAUCUGUUGCCCAUCACGUGCAGCAAUGUGGAGUGGCCUCUUUACUCACUUGACAGAAUCUUGGAAUAACUUUAAGGGUCUAGAUCCAAAUUAUACAACCUGGAUGGAUGUCAUGGAGACACAUGGCUACCGAACACAAAAAUUUGGAAAACUGGACUAUACUUCAGGACAUCAUUCCAUUAGUAAUCGUGUGGAAGCAUGGACAAGAGAUGUUCCUUUCUUACUCAGACAAGAAGGCAGGCCUAUGGUUAAUCUUAUCCCUAAUAAGACUAAAGUAAGAGUGAUGGAAAGAGACUGGAAGAAUACAGACAGAGCAAUAAAUUGGUUAAAAAAGGAAGCAAUUAAUUAUACUGAACCAUUUGUUCUUUAUUUGGGAUUAAAUUUACCACACCCUUACCCUUCACCAUCUUCAGGAGAAAAUUUUGGGUCUUCAACCUUUCACACAUCUCUUUAUUGGCUCGAAAAAGUCUCUCGUGAUGCCAUCAAAAUCCCAAAAUGGCUGCCCCUGUCAGAAAUGCACCCUGUAGAUUAUUACUCUUCUUAUACAAAAAACUGCACUGGAAAGUUUACAGAAAAAGAAAUUAAGAAUAUUAGGGCAUUUUAUUAUGCUAUGUGUGCUGAGACAGAUGCCAUGCUUGGUGAAAUUAUUUUGGCUCUUCGCCAGUUAGAUCUUCUUCAAAAAACAAUUGUCAUAUAUUCCUCAGACCACGGAGAGCUGGCCAUGGAACAUCGACAGUUUUAUAAAAUGAGUAUGUAUGAAGCUAGUUCCCAUAUUCCACUUUUGAUAAUGGGACCAGGAAUUAAGGCCAACCAACAAGUAUCAAAUGUGGUUUCUCUAGUGGAUAUUUACCCUACUAUGCUUGAUAUUGCCCAAAUUCCUCUGCCUCAAAACCUGAGUGGAUACUCUUUGUUGCCAUUAUCAUCAGAAACAUUUAAGAAUGAACAUAAAUUCAAAGAUACACGUCCGUCCUGGGUUCUGAGUGAAUUCCAUGGAUGUAAUGUGAAUGCUUCCAUCUACAUGCUUCGAACUAAUCAAUGGAAGUAUAUAGCCUACUCUGAUGGUGCCUCAGUGACGCCUCAACUCUUUGAUCUUUCCUCAGAUCCAGAUGAACUAACAAAUAUUGCAAUAAAAUUUCCAGAAAUUACUUCUUCUUUGGAUCAAAAGCUUCGUUCCAUUGUAAACUACCCUGAAGUUUCUGCUUCUGUACACCAAUACAAUAAAAAACAGUUUAUCAAGUGGAAACAAAGUAUAGGACAAAAUUAUUCAAAUGUUAUAGCAAACCUUAGGUGGCAUCAGGACUGGCUGAAAGAACCAAGGAAGUAUGAAAGUGCAAUCGACCAGUGGCUUAAAACCCACACUAAUCCAACAGUUUGAACAAAAUAAGAAAAUAAUGUUCUGGAACUAUAUAUAAAUACAUUAAAAGAGCAUAGUUAUUAUAAUUACAUAUUUUAAAUGAAAAUUUUAAGUCACUGAUUUUAGCUACUUUGAAAGAAUGUAUAUUUUGAAAUAAAAUGCCAAUGAUUAUAGAAUUAUACAUUUUCAAAAAUUGUUAUUAAGAUGUUAUUUGUACCAACUUCUAACAAUUUAAUUGAAGUAUCAAAAGGAUAUAGCAAAUACUGUAAUAUAAAAGUUAUGUUCUUCUGAAUAAUAUAGAAUAUAAAAUAUUUUAGUUAUGUACCAUAAAAUAGUUAUGUGUGAGUAUUUGAUGGUGUUUGAUGCAUUAUUUGUAUUUGAUGGGACCAUUUGGAUAUAUCUGAAGUGAGUAUUUGGCAUAUUUUAUGUGACAUAGACCGUGAAUGUAGCUGAUAUUAUUACUUUUUUUUAAACAGGUAAUACAUGCACAGGGUAAAAAACUUCAAAAGAUACAAAAGGGUUAAUGGUUAACGGUGAGCAUGAAGUCUCCCUCCUUUCCCAGGCAUCUGCCAUCUAGUUCCCCUUUCAAGAGGCAACUUCUGGAACUACCUUCUUAUGCAUUCUUUUAGAAUCUGAAUUUGCAUUUACAAACAAAUAUAUAUAUUCUCUUUCCCCUGUACAACAAUAGCAUACUCCACACAUUGUUCUGCAUCUUGCUUUUUCUUUUCCCACUUAAAGUAGACACCUAGAAGUGAAAUGGCUACAUGAUGUAUAUCUAGCAAAAUUAGACUACAUACUACCAAAUUACCUUUAAAGAAGUUAUACUAAGUGAUAUUCUCACCAGCAAUGCAUGUCCUCACAUCCUUUGCCAACUUGAUAGUAAAAAAAUAUUUUUCUUAUUAUAAAUAUGGUAGAUCAUAUUUUCAUAUAGUUAACAGCCAUUGGAAUUUGCUUUACUCUGACUUUCCUACUUCUAUUCUUUGCCUGUUUUCUGUUGGUUUCUGGUUUUGGUGUUUUGUUUUUGUUUUUUUUUAAUUAACUACAGCCAUGCUUUAGAUAAUAGUUUCUUGUAAGAGAUUCUGUAAAUAUUUUCUUUCCAGUUUGUCACUGACAUUUGUCUUUUGACAUGUUCUGGUGUUUUUUACAUGUAGAAAUUUGUAUUUUCAUGUAAUCAAAUUUAUGAAUCUUUGUACCCCAUAAGUAUAUACAGUUAUGACUUAUCAAUUAAAAAUAAUUUAUAAUUUAUUUAUGAAUAAAAAAAUUAUGUAACUUUGCUUUUGUGGUUUUGGGAUUUUGUGUCAUAUUUAGAAUGGUCUUUCCCACUUACCACUUUUAAGAUUUUUAUUUUUCACCCUUAGAUCUUUGAGCCAUAUGGAAUGCAUUACAUAUUAGAGAUCUAAUUUUAGGUUUUCUUUUAAAUGGUUACCCAAUUGGCCUUUUAUUGAGGCCAAGGUAACUCUUGUUACAUUGGUUAAAUCUCUAGUCUCAUUGGUUUAAAAUAUCACUUCAUUAUAUAGUGCCUUUGAUUGAAUAAAUUAUCUUUUCGCCCAUUGAUUUGAAUGGAGGAAAAGUCCUAUUUACACUUAUGCCUUUUCUGAACAUUUAUUUUGCACUGGGCCAUUCUAUGUUAUUAAUCUGGUAGUCAGUAUCUGGUAGGACUAGUCCCUUUCCAAUGGUUUUCUUUUUCAGCAUUGUCCUAGCUACUCUUGCCCACUUAGUUUUUCCAUUCAAAUUUAGAAUGUUUGUCUACUUACAAAAAUGAAAAAUCCUAUUAAUCUUUUCUAUGAAAUGUGUAAAUUUAUAGCCUAAUUUAGAAAGAAUUUAGUUCUUUCUGAUAGUCAUUCUCAAGAAUAUAGUCUGCUUUUCCCUUUAUUCAAGUCUUUUUUCAUAUCCCUCAAUAGUAUUCCAAUUUUUCUUCAUAUAGAUCAAUUUCUCUGUGGAGAUUUUUGAAAAGUAGGGACUUUAAAAAAUAACCACGUAGGCCCCACCCCAAACCAAUUGAAUUAGAAUUCAAGGAGGGAGCCUGGGCACUGUUUUGACAUUAUUUUGUUUGUUAAUCCCUCCAUGAUCCUAAUAUGUAGCCAGAGAUGAGUUUAUUCCCAUUUGUUUUACCAUUUGUUGUUGCUACUUUAAGUGCAUCUUUCUUCCACUAUAUCUUCCAACUUAUUGUUGUUAAUAUAUGUAUUUUGUACCAAACUACUUUAUUGUUUGUCAUAGUUUUUCAAUUGAUAUAUUUUCUAAGUAAAAACAUUGUGAA